CGCAACGAAGUAAACAUGUCGGGUGUGUCGCACUUCCGAGCGUUCAUUUCUAAAGCAAAUGAUACUGGCAAAGAACAGAAAACUUCUCGAAAAGGAAAUAGACGACAUGUGAAGUCAUCAUCAUCUCUCAUACCUCUACAUGAAAUGACUUUUUACUCUCUCCUUGACGAUUUCUCUGAACGCACGUGGUUGCACUACUCCGCAUUUGGAAUUGUGCAGAUCUGUGCAACGGCUGAACUGCUCAUCGCUCUAGUCAUGUUUCGUGACAACGCAGCCGUUGCUAUCACCAGGAUUCUACUUCGUGUUUUGCUUCCUCAGUGUCUUUGGUGUGUGUUUGCACGUGCUGGCCAAAGGACAUACUGUUACCAUGAUGACUGUCCUAUUUUGUCUUGCAAAAGCUUUGUUGAAAAUGAUCAAAUGAGUCGAAAUAAAGAACUAAACAUUGAUUUUGUUUUGGCUUGCUGUUUUCCUGCUUUUGCCUUUCUGUAUUUACUGAGACUUGUUUACACUGGUCGAGGAUUAGAGGAACUGGGAAAUGAAUAUUAUGUUGUGAUAAUCGGAAGUCUCGUGAUCCAAACAUUUUUUGUUAAUGUUGUUUUGGCUCUGUUGUACUUUGAAUCUCAAGAUAUAGUGCUCAAUCAUUCUUGCCUUGAUGUGGUGAAGACGAGAUGGUCGGUACUAAAAGGAACUGUAGUCGCACUGACAUCAGGUAUCAGUCUAACAGCAGCAGUCAGAACACUACAGAAUAUUCAAAUGAUGAAAACACACUCUUUCUGGCCUGUUGCCAUCGGCACGUUUGUUGUUGUUACAGCUACAAGUAGGAGUCGUAUGCUUCGAACAAUGUCUGUAAUUGUAUCUGCAAUGGGAAUUGUGAGGAUUGACAUGGUAACCAGUAUAAUACCCCAUCUCCAGUUUAUAUGGUUUAUGGGUCUGUCUGGUCUGCUGUUUAACGUUGUGUUUGGAGGAACAGCAAUCAAGUGGUACCCGAGAACAAAACUGGUUGUCGGCAUGGCUCUGACUCUUUCAACUGCAGUUGUAUUGGUGCUUGAAAUCAGUGUCUUUCCGAUAUCUAAAGAAUUCUCUGGUCUCACAUUGGUUAUUCUUUCACUUGGUCUUUUGGGACAUUUGGCUAUUGGCAGAGAGUUCAUGUAGGAUUAUUGGAUAAUGGCAUCUUUAUAUGCAGCAUCGACAAGCUCAAGACUUACGAGUAAGGUGAUCAUUUGUUUGCAAUACACUUUGUAGUUUAGCAUAUCGGCUACUUUCUUUCGAAACUACUUAGCGCUUUGAUUAAAACAAUUCAUUACAGUUUGUGAAAUGCAAAUAAUUACGUAGCAAAAACAAGCUCUACCAAACUUCCUAUCAGAAAUACUGCUACAACAAAAAGUAGUCUCUUCCUACGAAU